AUGUUGAACAAAGUUCUUAGAGUAUGGGAUAUUAAAACAUUGAUGAAACUUGGUUUUUUUAUUACGGAUUUAUAUUCUCAAUUAAAUGAUCCACACAGUGAGCAGCGUGCAGUACUUGCCAAAACAAGAACAUUGUAUCGCGAUCAAGUAAUGUCCAAAGCUGAAUUAAAGCAUAUCAAAGCAGGACAGUUUUUAUCGUUCAAUAGUUUUCUUUCAUCUACAGAUGAUCGACAAUUAGCAUUCAAAUAUCUUACAAAAACUAUUUAUGAUGCUCCUUGUACAGAAUCUGAUUUGAAACAAGUAUUGUUUAUCGUUAAUAUUGAUCUUAACGAUAAAAAAGUUAUACCCUUUGUUGAUUCCUUUCCUGAUAUUCUUUUCCUUGAUGUUUUAUGUUAUUUGCCAUACCCAGACAACUCUUGUCGGAGACUUAUUGGUUGUUUAAAGAAUGAUUAUAAAGACAAGAAGUUAGAAUUAAAAGUUUUCGACAAAUUUGAACGUGACUAUAAAACAGAGAAAGCUGUUUGGUAG